AUGGACACAUCCCUCUACACAGCAUGCGAAAACCCCUCCGCCCUUUUCUCCACCCCACCAGAAUCCCUCCUCCACCAAAUCUACCGCGAAUUCACAUCAGACAUCAACCGUCUCAAACGAGCUUACUCCGUCCGAGACGCUCAAGCCUCUUUACCAAACAGCUGCCCAUCACCAUCGCAUAUCCUCUUCGGGCAGGAAUACGACGAAGUAAAUCGGACGCUCGUGGGGCUUUUAGCGCUUCGAUGGAUUCACCGCGGGGAAUAUGAGGGGUUCAUUGGCGAAGCGCCAUCGGAGACGCGAUUAUCAAGGGAAUCAUUUGACUGGAUACGAGAUCUCUACGCGCUCGUUAUUACAUACGCAGAGUCGCCGGGAGAUGCAUUAUACACGCUACUCACGCUGAUCAUUACGAAUGACCUCGGCAAAGACCCCGAGCUCGCAUGCGAGUACCGCAGUAUUACGGGAACGGAUAUAUCAGAUUCAAACCACGACGCAAUCCUCCUAAAGGCGUACGAAGCCGGUCUCAUCCCUUCACUGGAUAGAUUACCAGGACCAUAUAAACAGGCCGCCUUAUCUGGACUGAAACUCGCCAGCAAAUUUAACCUCGGCCAGCUUGCGCAGGCGGAGAACGCACCCGUCUGUUUUUCGGCGCUUCUGGAAUUCCAGGAGGAGACCUGGACGGGCUCCGAUGGCGGAGAUGAGGGGGUCAUGCGCGCCUUUAACCUGCGCUUUAUGGAGCAACUCCUCGAUAUUGCUGGUGCGGGAGGCCACAUGGACUGGACAUGUGCAGCGAAGUUAAACGAGGCGGUGUUCGAUUCGUAUCGUGGGGUUUAUGAAGCGUGCUACGGGGUUUUUGAGGGGCGGAUGAGUUGCGAAGAGGCGUAUGAUGUGGUGCUGAGGCGACGGGCGGCGUUUCUGAUGAGGAGAGGGGUUGAUCUUGAUUUUGAUCUAUCGAUAAACCAGACAAGCGGGAAUACGCGGGCAUUCAUGCGUCUUCUAUGCAUGGGGAACGUCACAACUGCGGACGUCGCGGAAUUAUACGAAUCUACAUGGGAAGACCUGGAUCCGAGGAUCAAAGAGGAGCUAGAGCAGGCCCUCAAUGUUCUUGGCACCAGAGGCAAGCCUGCUAUUCAGCCGACAUAUAUGCCUGCUUUUCUGAGUGGCAUCAAGAACAGGAAGGAGUUGGAUAGUGCGUUGCGGUUUCUGCACCGCGUUGUGACUGCACCUGUCAUUGCGACUGAGACGGAAAGUGGUGAUCUAGAUCCGUCCGUUGUUGUCAUUGAGCGCAGUGUGCUGGGGAUCUUGAAGGAGUUUGUUGAGCCUGGUUUGUUCCACGAGGACCCAAUUGUUUUGGAUGCAGUUGGUACGCCAAAAGGGGUUGUUGCGCUGAGACAAUGA